UUAUCGCGUCUGAUAAUUGGUUCUGUGGAAUAAAUCAAUAAUUUUUGCAAAUUAGUCGUAUUUGGAUUUGUUGAACUUGUAAUAGAUAAUAGUGCUCAUUGCUCCGUGAAAAAUUAGAAAUUCGUAUAAUGCGCUGUGGUUGCUCAGCUUAUCUUCGAUCAUAUUAUUGAAUAAAAGUGUUGUAUUAUUUUGAACUUCGUGAAAAUGAGUCAACCUCGUAUGGAGAAUAUGUGUCCCCCGACGCACCUUCGGGUGAUGUUGCCUACAUCAUUGGAAUCAAAUAUGCCUCCAACUUACAUCGAUAUCAAUAACCUGGAUAUCCCCCCACCUCAGCCAGACUUCUCGGCGCCCCCUCCCUACGAUGUGGCGGCUAAUUCUAAGCUGCCGACUUAUGAAGAGGUCCAGCGUGAGAAGCAAAUGGAAGGGGAGGGACCUCAACUACCGCCGACGUCUCACCCGACGAUCGCGGCGUUCGUCACGGUGGAGCCGCGGGAGGGCAGCGCUGAACAGUUGGACCCUGAGAACAACCUGCUCGGCACUGAUAUCAUGUUCUUGACGUCUUUCUUUGUGGCAUUCCUAUUCAACUGGAUCGGUUUCCUGCUACUGAUGUGCUUCUGCCACACGGUGGCUAGCCGCUACGGGGCGCUUGCUGGCUUCGGCCUGUCCCUAGCCAAGUGGACGCUCAUAGUGAAGCACUCCACUGAACUGGCCUCGCACGAGAACUCGUGGCUGUGGUGGCUUAUUAUGGCUUUUGGGAUCCUCAUCUGCGUGCGCGCGAUAAUCCAAUACCUGAACAUAAAGCGCGGCUGGCGUCUGCUCUCGGGCACGGCUCAAGAGCGACUGCUGUUCUUCUACUAAAUUAAUGAAAUGCGCAUCCUCUGUCUCGCUCGCACUCGCACGUCACGCGAACAAUGCGAGAAAGAGAUGAAAGAUAGACAUCUCAGGUGAUGUAAAAUAU